CCGAGGCAGCAGUAAGACGAGAGGUAGAGGGCGGGUGGGCCAGCAGGCGAGCCAGCGGGACUGGGCUCCCGGAGACGGCGAGGCGGUGUCAAGUGGAGUCGCCGUAUGGGGGACCACAGACCAGGGGCAGCGAUGAAAUCAGUCAGCUGAAGCACAGCCGCGGCCCGGAUGUUACAACGAUGCUGGAUGAAAAGCGGAGGGGAACGAAAUAGACGCCGUAUUUCAUUACCAUGGGGGUCGGGGGAUGAAGAUCCACCUCGCCAUUUCGCUUAUAGUCAUUUUUUUGAUGUAAAAUUAAGGCGGUGAGAAUGUAUGAAUUAAGGGAACCCUACGAAGGAGUAAAUUAUGUCAGCAACAGACUCGCAUUACCUAGCGAGGGACCGGGUCUCGAGUCAAACUCCGAACCGUCAAGACCAGCAGCGUUAUCCUGGCAAGCUGCGAUUGAGGCGGCCAGGCAAGCUAAAGCUGCCGCAACCAUGAACUCCACCACGGAAUCCAGCAGCGCAGCAGCCCAAAGAAAACGCCAGCAAUUCGCCAAGAGCAAGAAACAGCAAGGCAGUACCGUGAAUAACAGGCCGGCCCGUGCCCUCUUCUGCUUAAAUCUCAACAAUCCCAUUAGAAGGGCCUGUAUUAGUAUAGUAGAAUGGAAGCCAUUUGAUAUCUUUAUAUUGAUUGCUAUUUUUGCCAACUGUGUGGCCUUAGCUAUUUACAUACCUUUCCCAGAAGAUGACUCCAAUUCAACCAAUCAUGAUCUGGAAACAGUAGAAUACGCCUUCCUCAUAAUUUUUACAGUUGAAACAUGUUUGAAGAUUAUAGCAUAUGGACUAUUGUUGCAUCCCAAUGCGUAUGUAAGAAAUGGAUGGAACUUGAUGGACUUUGUAAUUGUAAUUGUGGGUUUGUUUAGUGUUGUUUUGGAACAAGUAACCAAAGUAGAGAACGUAGAUGGACACGCAACUUCAGGUGGUAAACCUUCAGGUGGUUUUGAUGUAAAAGCUCUCCGAGCCUUUCGUGUGUUGCGACCUCUGCGACUUGUAUCUGGAGUACCAAGCUUACAAGUUGUCUUGAACUCCAUCAUCAAAGCCAUGGUUCCCCUUCUCCACAUUGCUCUGCUGGUAUUGUUUGUAAUCAUCAUUUAUGCUAUCAUAGGACUGGAGCUUUUUAUAGGAAAAAUGCACAAAACCUGUUAUUUCAUUAACACAAAUUUAAUAGCAGAAGAUGAGCCAGCACCAUGUGCAUUUUCAGGGAAUGGCCGUCAAUGCUCCAUGAAUGGUACAGAAUGCAAGGGUGGAUGGCCGGGCCCAAAUGGAGGCAUCACAAACUUUGACAACUUUGCUUUUGCAAUGUUAACGGUUUUUCAAUGUAUAACCAUGGAAGGGUGGACAGAUGUCUUGUACUGGAUGAAUGAUGCCAUGGGAUAUGAAUUGCCUUGGGUCUAUUUUGUCAGUCUCGUCAUCUUUGGAUCUUUUUUCGUUCUUAAUCUUGUACUUGGUGUAUUGAGCGGUGAAUUUUCUAAAGAAAGGGAAAAGGCCAAGGCCAGAGGAGACUUUCAGAAAUUACGUGAGAAACAACAACUUGAGGAGGACCUCAAGGGCUAUCUGGAUUGGAUUACUCAGGCUGAAGACAUCGAUCCGGAGAAUGAGGAAGACUUUGAGAAUGCAGAGAAACGAAAUCCAAAUCUGCCUAUUGGUGAAACUGGAUCUGAUAACACAGACAAUGCUGCCAGUGGAGGGAGUGAGAAUGCAACAUGCUGUGGAUCAUUAUGUUUACGAAUUUCUAAAUCAAAGUUCAGCCGACGCUGGCGUCGUUGGAACCGUUGCUUAAGAAGAAAAUGUAGAGCUGGUGUUAAGUCUGUUACUUUCUACUGGCUAGUUAUUAUUCUUGUAUUUCUCAAUACAUUAACCAUUGCAUCAGAACACUACAACCAGCCCUUUUGGCUAACAUUGACUCAAGAUAUUGCAAAUAAAGUUCUUCUGGCUCUUUUUACGUGUGAGAUGUUAGUGAAAAUGUACAGCCUGGGUCUACAGGCUUACUUUGUAUCCCUCUUUAAUCGCUUUGAUUGCUUUGUGGUAUGUGGUGGAAUAAUUGAAACCAUCUUGGUUGAAUUUGAAGUUAUGUCUCCUUUGGGAAUCUCGGUCUUUAGAUGUGUUCGGCUUCUAAGAAUUUUCAAAGUAACAAGGCACUGGCAAUCGCUGAGUAACCUGGUGGCCUCACUGCUGAACUCCAUGCGAUCCAUUGCUUCACUGCUGCUGCUGCUCUUCCUAUUUAUUAUUAUCUUUUCACUCCUGGGGAUGCAGCUUUUUGGCGGCAAAUUUAACUUUGAUGAAACACAAACAAAACGGAGUACCUUUGAUAACUUUCCACAAGCUCUUCUCACUGUAUUCCAGAUUUUAACUGGUGAAGAUUGGAAUAUGGUGAUGUACGAUGGAAUUAUGGCUUAUGGUGGACCAUCCUCUUCAGGGAUGAUAGUUUGUAUGUACUUCAUCAUUCUUUUCAUUUGUGGUAAUUACAUUCUGCUGAAUGUCUUUUUGGCUAUUGCUGUUGAUAAUUUGGCUGAUGCUGAAAGUCUAAACACAGUUCAAAAAGAAACCGAGGAAGAAAAGGAAAGGAAAAGAAGUACCAGAAAUGGCAGCUCAGAGCAAAGAGAAGAUGGGAAAUACGAAGUUGAUGGAAUAGGAGAAAAUGACAGGAAAAUACUUACUGGCACUCAGGUUUCAAUUGAUGAGCAAGAUGAAGAUAAAGAUCCUUACCCACCCAGUGAUGUGCCAGAUGACGAUGAUGAGGAUGAACCAGAAGUUCCUGUUGGGCCUCGACCUCAAAGAUUGGCAGACCUAAAUCUAAAGGAGAAAAUUGUACCCAUCCCGGAAGGGAGUGCUUUCUUCCUGUUUAGCAAUACCAACCCGAUCAGAGUCUUCUGUCACAGACUUAUAAAUCACAACAUCUUUACAAAUCUGAUCCUCGUGUUCAUUAUGCUCAGCAGCAUUUCCUUGGCAGCAGAAGAUCCCAUCCGUAAUCAUUCCUUUCGUAAUAAUAUUCUUGGUUAUUUUGACUAUGCUUUUACUGCGAUCUUUACUGUUGAAAUCCUGUUCAAGAUGAUGACAUAUGGAGCAUUUUUACAUAAAGGUUCUUUCUGUAGAAAUUACUUCAACUUGUUGGACAUCUUGGUUGUGGGUGUAUCACUUAUUUCCUUUGGAAUUCAGUCUAGUGCUAUUUCAGUGGUGAAGAUUCUUCGUGUCUUAAGGGUUCUAAGACCACUUCGAGCAAUCAACAGGGCGAAGGGACUAAAGCAUGUUGUUCAAUGUGUAUUUGUUGCUAUUCGAACCAUUGGUAACAUCAUGAUUGUUACAACUCUUCUACAGUUCAUGUUUGCUUGUAUUGGGGUUCAGCUGUUCAAGGGUAAAUUCUACCGCUGUUCAGAUGAAGCAAAACAAUUACCAGAAGAAUGCAAGGGCACUUACAUUCUUUAUAAAGAUGGUGAAGUGGAUCAUCCAGUCAUUCGUGAUCGAGUUUGGUUCAACAGUGACUACAACUUUGACAACGUUCUUUCAGCGAUGAUGGCAUUGUUUACAGUAUCAACCUUUGAAGGCUGGCCAGCACUGCUAUACAAAGCAAUAGACUCAAAUGGAGAAAAUAUUGGCCCCAUCUACAACAAUCGUGUGGAGAUUUCUAUAUUCUUUAUUAUCUACAUUAUUAUCAUCGCUUUCUUCAUGAUGAACAUCUUUGUAGGUUUUGUGAUCGUCACAUUCCAGGAACAGGGAGAACUAGAAUAUAAAAAUUGCGAAUUGGACAAAAAUCAGCGUCAAUGUGUAGAAUAUGCUCUGAAGGCCAGACCACUUCGCAGAUACAUCCCAAAGAACCCCUACCAAUAUAAGUUUUGGUAUGUGGUAAACUCAACUGGAUUUGAAUACAUCAUGUUUGCCCUCAUCAUGUUGAAUACACUGUGCUUGGCUGUACAGCACUAUGAGCAAUCUCCAUUUUUCAACUACACAAUGGAUAUCCUGAACAUGGUCUUCACUGCUGUGUUCACUGUAGAGAUGGUUUUGAAACUCAUAGCCUUCAAACCAAUGGGCUAUUUUAGUGACUCCUGGAACGUGUUUGACUUCCUCAUCGUUAUUGGCAGCAUUAUUGACGUCGUACUUGGUGAAAUUGAUCACUAUUUCGCUGAUGCAUGGAACACUUUUGAUGCCUUAAUUGUUAUUGGUAGCGUCGUUGAUAUUGCUAUCACAGAAGUUAAUAAUUCUGAGGAAAGUUCCAGAAUUUCCAUUACUUUCUUCCGUCUCUUCCGUGUAAUGCGCCUGGUCAAAUUACUGAGUCGUGGUGAGGGGAUACGUACAUUGUUGUGGACAUUUGUCAAGUCCUUCCAGGCUCUUCCAUAUGUUGCUCUUCUGAUAGCCAUGCUGUUUUUCAUCUAUGCUGUAAUUGGCAUGCAGACUUUUGGCAAAGUUGCCUUGCAAGACCACACGCAGAUAAACAGAAAUAACAACUUUCAGACUUUUUUUCAGUCUGUUCUACUUCUUUUCAGGUGUGCCACUGGAGAAGCCUGGCAAGAAAUCAUGUUGGCAUGCAUGCCUGGAAAACUCUGUGACCCAGAAUCAGACUAUGGUCCAGGAGAAGAGUAUACAUGUGGUAGCAACUUUGCGAUUGUAUAUUUCAUCACAUUUUACAUGUUGUGCGCCUUUCUGAUUAUAAACUUAUUUGUGGCUGUCAUCAUGGACAACUUCGAUUAUUUGACACGUGAUUGGUCUAUUCUGGGUCCUCAUCAUUUGGAAGAAUUUAAGAGAAUAUGGUCCGAGUAUGAUCCAGAGGCAAAAGGAAGAAUAAAACAUCUUGAUGUGGUUACACUACUUCGACGUAUUCAGCCACCAUUGGGCUUUGGAAAACUUUGUCCACAUAGAGUUGCAUGCAAGAGACUGGUAGCCAUGAACAUGCCCCUGAAUAGUGAUGGAACUGUGAUGUUCAAUGCAACCCUUUUUGCCUUGGUGAGAACAGCUUUAAAAAUCAAAACAGAAGGGAAUCUUGAUCAAGCUAAUGAAGAGCUGAGAGCUGUUAUUAAAAAAAUCUGGAAACGAACCAGCAUGAAGUUGCUAGAUCAGGUGGUGCCUCCAGCUGAUGAUGAUGAGGUAACCGUGGGGAAGUUCUAUGCCACCUUCCUGAUACAGGACUACUUUAGGAAAUUCAAGCGACGCAAGGAACAAGGCUUGGUAGGAAAGCAACCCAGAAAGAAUACUACAGUUGCUCUACAGGCUGGGCUUAGAACACUACAUGACAUGGGACCUGAAAUCCGUAGAGCAAUUUCAUGUGAUCUACAGGAAGAGGAUAUUAUAGAGGGGGCUCGAGAAGAGGAUGAGGAUAUUUACAGAAGAAGUGGUGGCCUUUUUGGCAACCAUGUCAACCAUAUGGCUGUAGACGAAAGGAAUUCUUUCCAGCAAACAAAUGUCACACAACGACCUCUGCAGGUUAAACGAUCUUCAACUCCACCAAUAGCUGAUUAUGACAAAUACCCUCCUUCCACCAACAUUGAGAAUUCCAUAUCUCACAACCAGCUUAACCACAGUUUUCCAGGAAAGGUGUCACCAAAUUCCACUAAUGCCAAUCUCAACAAUGCAAAUGUGUCCAAAACUACAAAUGGAAAAGAUCAUGGCUCCUUAAAUCAUGAACAGCCCACUGGAAAAAAUUGCAACUCCCACACAACAUACAUUGAAAAACCAAGAAAAUCAAGCACCAGAAGAAUACGUUAUUAUGAAACUAAUAUUAGAUCAGAUUCUGGUGAUGGCUGUCUGCCCACUAUUUGUCGAGAGGAGACAAGACCAGAUGACUGGUUUGAGGAUGAGCAAUAUUCAGGAGAUCAAGAAUAUUACAGUGGAGAGGAGUAUUAUGAAGAGGAUAGCAUACAAACAGUGGAUAAGCAAAUCCAUAGAGAUUAUCAGAAUCAAAUUCAAAACAAUGACGUGGAUUUUGAAAGGCCAAAGGGCUAUCAUCAUCCCUGUGGUUCCUACGAAGAUGAUGAGUCUCAUUAUUAUAUUGAAUCUCGGCGUUCACCUCGUCGACGAUUGCUUCCACCAACACCUACAGCAAAUCGGAGACCUUCCUUCAACUUUGAGUGUCUACGCAGGCAAAGUAGUCAGGAUGAUAUCUCCCUGUCUCCUAUAUUUCAACAGCGUACGGCUCUGCCACUACAUUUAAUGCAACAUCAGGUUAUGGCUGUGGCAGGAUUGGACUCAUACAAAAGUAGGAGGCUCUCACCAGCACGGUCAACCCGUUCGUGGGCAACACCUCCAGCCACACCACCUAGCAAAGAGCGCUCGCCGUACUACACUCCCCUGAUCCGUGUAGAUCGUGUUGAAUCCAGGGAAAAUAUGAAUGGUAGCCUUCCCUCAAUGAACAGAAGCUCUUGGUAUACAGAAGAUGUUGACAUUCCAUAUAAAACAUAUACUCCAACAAAGUUAGCUGUCCCGAACAGCUUUUUACAACGGUACUAUGAAAAACGAGGAAGUGCAGACAGCCUGGUAGAAGCUGUCCUAAUAUCAGAAGGUCUUGGGCAAUAUGCAAGAGAUCCCAAAUUUGUUUCAGUUACAAAACAUGAACUUGCAGAUGCCUGUGAUAUGACAAUUGAUGAAAUGGAAAGUGCAGCAAGCAGUUUAUUAAAUGGCAGUCUUCACAAUGGAACUAGUGGAGAUUUGCUUUCCAUUAAAAACAGGCGUGACUAUGAGCUACAAGAUUAUGGUCUUGGAUACAGUGAUGAGGAACCAGACACUGGUAUAUAUGAAGAGGACCUAGGUGAUGAAAUGAUAUGCAUCACUACUUUAUAGCAUUUGGUAUGGAAUAAUCAUUUAUACAAAGAUUAAGAAAGUGCCUCAUAGUCAAGAAAUUCUUAUGGCACUAACUAGAUCAAGUGACCAAUAGAGUGACUUCCGUGUGAUGCCGCAGUCUUAGAGGUAAAAAUUGGUGGCAAUCUGACCAAAUCACCUCUAUUAUGUCCUCAAGUACAACAGUAUGAUCUGAGCACAAUGUGGUCAACUAAAAGAGGUAUGAGCUAAUCAACUAACCGGCAUGCAAAGAUAUACCGAGGACCAAGGAGAAAAUGUAAGAUGAAGCCAUAAUUAAACCAUACAAGGCUAUAGAGAUUUUCUCAGUCAAAGCAAUGUGCAACCUGCUGUUUGGAAGGAAGCAGUGUAUUAUUUCUAUGGUGAUGCUUGUAGUUAAAAGGAAAAUAUUAUAAAGGUGAUGACAAUCAAAUAUGACAGAUGUUGUUACCUCAGAAAUACAUUUGGACUUUUGGCUAGGAGCAAGUGAUGGCAUAUCAAAAUAUUUAAAAUUAUGAAACAUAUCUUUCCUCUGAUUUUUCAUGCAAGUAUGAACCAUUCUGAACAGCUUUUUAAAAUCCUGCAGCAAAUCUCAAAGUAUUUUUUGGUGGGCAAAAAUAGCUGUUUUUUUUCUUAUCUAUUUUAUUGUGAGUUUACAUAGGAUAUAUCUUUUUUUUGUCUUAUUACAUCUGCUGUGGAGGGAGAAUUAUGAGCAGAGUACACUGGAAAUAGGAAAGGCAUUCAUGCUCUUCAUAAGGUUAAUUUGAAGCUUGUAAACUGUAUUUCUUGCAAAGUAGACAAACUGUAUAUGGUUGUAACAUAUAACAAAUUUGUAUUUGUAAAGAGAUGUUCUAUAUUUUGUAAUCCUGGUACUGUAACAGAUAAGCAGCAAUAUUUAUGGUUCGAAAUUACCGUCACAAAUUCUAUAGAUUACUGUUAUUUUUUAAUAGAAGUACAAAUUCAUAAGUAACUGUACUGAUAGAGCUGCCUUUUCUUUAUGUAUAAUGCAAGAUUAAUUUCAGAGUUUUGAGCUAAGUCUGGAGCCAAAGGAAAAAACUCUUUGGCAGUUUUUAAAUUAAAAGUAAAAGAUAAACCUAACUUUACACAGGAUAUGCAAAGAUAAUUUACUUGCACUCUUACUUGGAAUUAUAAAUAUUUAAAAAUGUUAUUCUUGGUACAUUCUCCAUCCUUUCUAAAUCACAUGUAGUAUUAGCAAUUUUCAUUGCUUGACCCAUUUACUGAAAGCUACAUUGCAAUACUGAAGCAAAAUCAUUUGAGACAAGUUUCAAUUUGAAUCACCCAAGAGAUUAUUUGCAAAAAAAAACAAUGUAGUUUCAGUAAAACAAUCCCUGAUUUUUGCAUAUCUUGUUGAAUACAAUUGCUCAUGACAUAAACAGCUUAUAGUCAGGCUGUAAACUCAAAGAAUGAGGCAAGCUGUAUGUUUUUGUAAUUAUUGGCAUUCCCAACAUAUUGCUGAGAACUACAAAUGCAUGCACCUGAAGGGUAAAGUUCCUGUUGUAAUGAUUCUUCAAAUGAGGUAUUAUCAGCAUGUGCAUCAGUAUUUUAUGCUUUUAGUUAAACCAAAUGUGUUCAUUUGCACACUAUUUCCAUUGCAGAAACUAUGUCAUGGAGCAGGUCUUUCUUAAUUAACUGAAGACACUGUUUUUUCCAAUGUCCAUUUUCAGAGGCUUUUUUAUAUAUUUUAAAUAAUGGCCUGUUUUAGUUGCAGGUACAUUACUUGUAGCAGCCACUAGAAUCUUUUAAACUGUAUACAUUUUUAAACACUUGUGUAUAUUCUACUAGUAACAAAAAAAGCAAGAUAUUUUACCUCAGUCAGGGAUAAAUAGGGUUUUAAAUUGUUUUUAUUCCAUUACCAAGGAGGGUAUUCUUGAUCUUCAGUUCACUGAUUAUAGCAAUCUAUGAUUGCAUAAUUCUUUCCUUCUGUGCAACCUUCAUGACUACUUUUAUAUGAAGUAAGCCUUUUGUGUAGUAUGGUAUUUGUAUAUUCAGUUUAUAAGGUUGUACUAUUUUGUGAUUGAUUGUAUGUAUGGUACAGUAAGCUCUGUAGAUGUAUUUUCCAUACCACCAUACCAUAGUGCUGGAAAUGUACAUAAUAAAUAGUGUAUAUUUCUGUAAGUUGAAAUUAUUCAAACCCAAGUAAAAUUUAGUUAAUUUCUCACUAGACAAGCCUGAACAAUUAUUAUUAAAAUUAUGGGCAUUAUGGGAAAUUAGUUGCCCUUUAAUCCCUACUUUUUUUCUCUUGCUGUACUUCCAUGGUAGAUACUAUAAACUAACUUUUCACAAAAAUGCAGAAGUCAGCAUUUCAUGACUGGAUUACAGUUCCUGUAAGAUUUGCUCUUAAUUAUACUGUACAGCCUAUUGUUGUUCAAAUGUGCCUGCCACAUUUAAUAUUCUUUAAGAUAUCUGUUGUUGCUGCCCAGCAUGUACAAACCAAACAUUUUUGUCUUAAUGAAUAAGAGAAUGCGUGGGCUAAUAGGUUAC